AUGGAGAAAAAACAAAGAGAAUCAAGCUCAGAACCGGCUCAGAAGCGAAGAAGGUUGGAAGAAAGGCUUUCAUCCUUACCAGUACAUGGCAAGAUGCCAAUACUGAAAGCAGGACUGUCAUGGACAGUCAACGGCAAAGUUGAAGACGUCCAAGGGACAUUCCUCUUUGACACCAGUUGUACAGGAGCAAUCCUCAACCAGAGUUUUGUCAGGAAGCAUGGGGUUCCCUUAGUGUGGCAAGAUCAACCUCUGACAAUGUAUGAUGCUCAAGGAGAUAUCAUGAUGGGAGGAGGAGAGUAUUACACUAACACAGUCCACAUGAGCAUGGGAGAUCGUAGGGAGACACUCCGUUGGGAAUUGGCUACUCUGGAAGAAGGAAUAUCCGGCUCUCUGGCGAUUGCUUGUGCAAGGAAGCAUAACCUGGAUAUCAAUUGGGAACUCAACACCAUGAGCUGGUGA